AUGCCUCGGUCUAUAUACGGUGCCCUUCAAUUCUUUUCCAGUCCUGUCAUGGGCAAACUGAGUGAUAUAUUUGGAAGAAAAAAAGUUCUUUUGAUUAGCCUCUUUGGUGCAGCUGUAGGUUAUAAUCUGACAGGAAUUCCAACAACAUUACUUUUUCUAGCACUGAGCAGAGUUCCAGUAGGGAUUUUCAAGCACAGUCAAAGUGUUGCAAAGACAUAUCUUUCAGAUGUCUCACCCUCUAUUGAUCAUCCUAAAGUGUUUGGGAACUUUAAUGCAUUUUCCAGUCUAGGUUUUGUAAUUGGUCCUUUGAUAGGUGGACACUUGGCCAUGCAGUCAAAUGGUUUCUCUAGGGUGACUGCCUUAACUGGAUGCACCUCCACAUCCAAUGGAACAAGUAUAUGCAAAAUUUCUUCAUUGAGUUCAUCACUAGAUUUGAUAGUAAUUCGUUUUGUGAUGGGAUUUUCGAUGCUAGUCUUUCGCAGCAAUUUCACCUCCAUGUUAGAGUUCCACUUCAAUACUAGUCCAAAAACCAAUGGCUAUAUUAUGUCUUACAAUGGUCUAGUUGGUGGUUUUUCUGGAAUUCUAGUGGGAAAGAUAGCAAAAUUGUACAAUCACAAUGAUGCAAAGAUGCAACUUCACUUCUCACUAAUUCUUAUGGCAUCACUUCUAGGCAUAACAUUUUCACCCAGCAUAUUGUUUAUUCCAAUCUUCAUUACGCCACUGGCAAUCUCGAGUGCAGUCUGCCGUGUCUGCACAACUAAUCUGACUUUCCGCAGGGGCAGGGAGGAUGAGAAAGGUGUCAUGUUAGGGAUAGGGAACUCAUUACUGUCAUUUGCACGAAUGAUUUCUCCUGCUUUAGGUGGGUUUGCUCAGGAGGUUAGUGUUUAUGGGCCUGGUUGCAUUGGUUCCCUUAUAGCAGGCAUGGGUGUUGUUAUCAUGGUACUCUUCCCACCUGAUAGACCCAGAGUAAACAAAAGGGAGAAGAAAGAGCAGUGAGAACUACAUAUGGCAGUAUGCUUUUGAUUUCAUCCAUUUUACAAAGAGCCAUUUCCAAAUAUUUUAUGCCAUAAAAGUCAGAGUAUUAUGAUCAUAUCUUUAAAAAGGAUAUCACUUACUCGUUUGGAAACAAAGGGUAGAAGGGAUGAGAAUGGUUAAAAAUAGGGAGCAUUAAUUUAAGCAGACAAGUGAUGAGAAUAGUCGAUCUAAAGCUGAAUUCUCCAAACUAACAUCAUAAGAGUUGUAUGGCAGACAGUAAGGAGAAUUUCUAAUGGAUUGUAGGAGUGAAAGCUUGGAGUUCAAAUAAAAGGAAAGAUUAGAUGCUAGCCAACUGUUUUGGCUAGCAUCUAAGCAUGUUCAAGACAAGCAUUUACCACUAUCCACACAAUUCUGGAGUAAAAUCCUAAUCAUAGUGCCAAUGCUAGUCUUGGAUUUUCUUUACUUGGGGCAAAGUAUUCUUAUAAAGUUUAUAAGUAAAUCUUUAUUUCUUUGAAAAAUUAAAAUACAUAUCAAUAUAAUUGAUAUUUCAAUGUUGAAACAACUCUAAAUUUAUUUCACUGGGAAAUUUUGACAAAUUAAUUCUUUAUUCCCACAUGUACAGUUACUGGUUCCCUGAAUUGCAAAAUUAUUUACUGUAUCAUUGAAAAUUGUUUUAAAUUGUGUGUUCUAUAUAUAAUAUUUGUACCCAAUCUCUGGGAGAUGUUGGCCAGUGCAGGACGGAUAAUUAGUCACUGUCAGUGCUAAUUAUUUUAAAUUUCUGGUAUACAUGUAGAUGUUAUUUUUGUGUGGAAUUCGACAUGUGAGUGAUGUCAUAUUUUGUGUAAAAUACUUGCAGAUAACAUACAUGUAUAAGUAUUUGUCUAAAACACAUUAAAUGUAAUUCAAUCUAUAUUCAGUUUACAGGCAAGCAACAACACUUCAGACCAUUAUGGUUGUACUGUAGUAAUUCUUGCAUUUCAAAUAUAAGAAUUUUAGAAAA